AUGAAUGCCACCCUUCUUGCCCAUUUCACUGAAGAGGAAAUCAAAAUUGCAACGCACCAACUUGGAGCUCACAAGGCACCUAGCCCUGACGGCUUCCCAGGAAUGUUCUACAAAUUCUUCUGGGAUAUUGUUAAACUCAUUGUCUGUGGUACCACCAAUGAUCUUCAAUAUGGUAGUUGCCGUUUCAAAGCCCUUAACAGGACUUUUAUUGCUCUGAUUCCUAAAGUCCAAGCGCAAGAGAACACAAAUCAGUUUACGCCAAUUGGCCUCUGCAACAACUCUUAG